UUUAGUGCAAAUGGGAAAAUGAAAAGUGUCGUGGCGUUGUGUUUUGUUCGGGAACACACCUUCAGUAUCGUUAAUAUUUUCAAGAUUAAAGACGUCUUAUAUUAAAAUUGCAACAUCUAAUAUUAAUAAGUAAAACGUUGGCAAAUGCGAAUUUAAAAUUUAUUAAUUUAUUUGGAAUCGAUUACAUUAGCUGAAAGAAUGUAUAUUAAAGUCACUCAAAGUAAGCUGAACAUUACAUCAUCAAAACUAUUAUUCGGAUUUAAUCGCCUGGCCGGCAACACUACAAGACGAACUUUAAUCCCAGCUAAAAGUUAUUUGGUCCAGUGGUUAUGUCACAUAACAAGCUCAUUAGAUAGCUUUGUAAAAAUAUUUGCGUGAAUGUCACGUGACAAACAUUUUCAGAUACAUUAUUACAAAUAAUAAAUUAAUAUUAGUGCUGAAAACAUAUGCUAUGAGGAAAAGAAUGAUAUUAUCUUCGACUGUGAAUGUGUUUGAGUCACCCUGCGAACAUACGACUAAAAAUCUUAAAUUAAAUGAUCAAACAAGUUCAGAGUCUAAAAUAGCUUUUGUCAGCGCCACUGAACGUAGUAGCGGACGACGAGACAUCGAAUGCAGCUAUGCUCGCUACAAUAAAAACAAAAGGAAAGUUUAUGAACAUUGCAAUUUUUGCUAUGAUAACUCAAGGCUUCAGGCUGACUCUUUCUUCCCGAUAAUUCGAUUAAAAUUGCCCAAAAAUCAUCUAAUUAAUGGGACAUGGCAGGAAUCAAUUCAACCAGAAAUUGCAACCAACAGCUCACAUAUAACACAAAAUCCACGUUGCUGUCCACAACAUACAGAAACUGAUGUUCAUUCCGGUAUUGUUGAGCUGGUAGAUCAUGAUAACACUUGUAUUAUCAAAUCGAGACUAUUUUUGCCAGAUUUUCAAAGUUUGAAAUUCUCAAAUGAAUUUACUUCAGUAUAUAAUGAAGCAAUAAGCACAAAUUGGAGAUAUGAUUAUAAUAGCAAUAUCAAUAGGUUCCAUGCAUUAGACGAAAAUGCUAAUGCAAACAAACAAACUUGUGCCAAUGAUGUGUCUUCUGGUGGUUUACAUCAAAUCUGUUGUUAUUCGUUAGUUUCUGGAAAAGCCGAAGUCAGCAGCGGUAAAACAAACGAAAUUAACAGUAAAAAUUUAAGAAAAAUACGAACUGGUGUAGCAGGUGCGAAUGGAAUACUUAACAGCAAUACUAUUCAUUAUAUACUGUUGAUAUUAUUAUCACUGUCACAAGUUCGUUGGACGCAUGCUCUACUAUUAGUUGAAUCGAAAUAUGUGAACCCUACUGAUGACGAUUACGUAGCUGAUAGUAGCAAUAAUAAUCCAUAUAUGAACGCUAGCAUUCCUGGCGAAAGCAGUAAUCGGAUUAGAGUAAAGCAUGGAAUGGCCGUUGGAGGAGUUAUUGGUGGUAUUUCGGCAUUGGGCGCCAGUGGUUAUAUGGAUAAAAUGAAAAUGAACAAUUUGGAAAGGAGCGUUGCUGCAGUGUUAAAAAAAGUUGCCUACGGUACAACGUCAACUACAAAGCGCAGCAUUCCUGACAAAAGUUACUUGCCACGUUUAACAACGAUUGCCACACCAUUGUUGACGACUUUACGGUAUACCGAAAAGUCAUCGCAGCAACAACAAAUAAAUCAUCAUCAUAGAAACUAUGAGUUGGAUUUGGAACGUGACCAUGCAUUACCCACUUCGGCGCCCAAUGCGGACAUAUUGAAAAGUAACAGUAAUCCAACUUAUCCUAAUCCUAAUAGGCAUCACAACCAUGAACGUGAGCGCCAUAGACAUGUGAUGAACUCUACUCCUUCGCCCUCAAUACCGAACAUCCCAAAGAAAAAUAAUGGUCAGUUACCCUCCAUACCAAUGUAUCCAGGCGAUAUGCCGUCUUAUUCUCCGCCAGCACGUUCAUUUUUUACUCCGCCAUUGCCACCAGAAUAUCAGAAUCCUUUUGCUGAUAAACCAACGCUACGUGGUACUAACAACGAAGGAAUUAUACCUAAUACAGGGGCUUAUAUAAAUAGACGUCCUAUACCACCCCCAAGUUUAAUGCCUGGUCAUGAACGUAUACCAUUUCGUCCACCCGAUUUAGCGGCAUCUACUGGGAACAAUUCACCGGACGUAUCUGUAGAUCUUGUGCAAACUGGUAAUAGCAGUGGUACUACCAUACCUCUUGACACGAAUGCAGAUGCAGAUCGCAAGAAAGCACUGAAUACGCCAUCUCGUGGGAGCGCUGUUAAUAAUAAUGCAAAUGUUGACAAUAUUAAUGUUGGCGGUGUUAUACAUACAAUGACAAGUGAUGCAACCAAAAACUUUUAUGAUAGUUCUAAUUCACAAGAGUUGCCAUUGCAAAAUAACAAUUCCGAGCGACUGCACGGUAACCGUCAAGAAGUUUUGCCAAGUAUACGACGAAUUUUAAGUGGUGCUAAUGGUAAAGGGGAUAUUCCAGAAGUACUAUUAAAACAAGCCACAUCUCGCCCGAUUGUUAACUACAAUCAACCGCCAUCUUCACCGGGUGUUCUUUUGGAUGGUAGUAAUGUAGCGCAACAUCUUGAUAGUGUUGAAGAAAGUGGAAUAUCGAGUAGCUCAAACAUCAACGAAAGCAAGAAUAGUCCAACAUUGAACAGAGAUACGGAGAUAUAUGAUUCGCCAAAAGUGGAAUCUAGCGAGCAUAAAUAUUCUUUCAAGACCAACGCGUUCAAUGAGAAACCAUAUGGUGGAACCAUUGGUAGUAGUAAUGGCAACAGAAAUGGUAGCACUUCCACCCCUUCAACAGCGGCAGCUAUUGGUGGACAACUUGUUGUGAAUACUGCAGCUGCCACUUCUACAACAUCGACGAUCAUUAGCGGGACGGUUGGAAAGUAUCCGACAUUGUCAGCAACAAUUGGUAGCAGUAAAAGUGCCAGUGAUCCGGUAUCCUCGUCAACAGCGGCUGCUGCCUCACCUCACUUCACGUGGGCGGUCGCAUGGAAUAUUCAUGUCUAUUUUUCCGUUGUACUAUUCACCAUUUUGGCAGUUUACUCCUUAUACAAAGUGCUUACUUACAAUAAGUUGACGCAUCUUUUUUCACAGUCGUAUUUUAUGUGUAUCAAUCUGGUUUUGAUAGUUAUUUGUUCUGCUCGUAUUUUCUAUCUAUGCUAUGAUGCUUAUAAUAUUCAUGCUACGUUCAACUUAUUCAUUUCCGAAUUAUUGUUAAAUUUGCCUGCCACGUUGUUGACCAUUUCAUUUUCAGUUCUGAUCUUGUAUCUCUUUCUGAAAGCUUUGAACCAUAAAAAUAACCGUUAUUCUGCCCUUAUACGGCCGCUUACGGUUGUGGUUGGUUGUGGCGUACAUGUCCUACUCUGCAUUACACUACAUUAUGUAGAAUCAUAUACACUGCAGAACCAACAGCAACAACAUCUAUUAUAUCAACAACAGCAACAACAGCUACAUUAUAGACGGCAGCAACAACUUUUGCAUCAACAUCAUUAUCAACACCAGCAGCAACAAUUUAUUUCGGCAGCUACAACACAUUUGUUGGUAUCCGCAGCUGGGUUUAAUAGCCAUUCGGCUCUCUUUCUUCAAUCAGCUGCAGCACCAACAUCCAACACAUCGAUAGGCAACACAUCAGCGCCAAAAGUUCUUUCGCUCAUAUGUCAAAUUAUAUAUAUAUUUGUGUGUCUAUUUCUUGGUCUGCUGUACCUCUAUUUGUAUCGUAUUUUGAAGCGAAUACUCCGUAGUAAAUCUCAAAAUUAUAUACAUGGCUAUCAGAAUCUUUCUUAUGCUAUACAUAUCACCAUAGCGACAGCUUUGUUAUUUGUUUUGUUGGCUGCCUUACAAAUAUUUGGCGCCAUUAGUAUAUCUACAACUCGACCAUUAAUACAGCAGCUAACAGCUGAGAUCGAUUGGUUGCAGUGGGGUUACCAGUUUUCUUUGCGAUUGAUUGAAAUUGCUAUAAUAACUUUACUUUCUUGGGUCGCCGGUUUGAAAACUAGUGCCGGCAGUGGUGGAGUGGGUGUAAGCGUUAAUGCAUCGGCUAACGUGGAUGCUCGCUAUGGGGUAGCCGGAGAAAAUGGUGGUGGUAAUGUCGUUUUUGGAAGUGGAACAGCUAAUCAUAAUCGCGAGAAACAUGGUCACCACCACUUCCAUCACAAUCAUUCUAAUAUGGCAGGUUUUUUUCUGCCAUGUACAUCCAGCUCGAGUCAAGAGCAGAUAGAUACUGACUACCCAGCAGUUUGUAACGCAAAUACAAAUCUUCACACUUACACAAUGCGUACAGGCAAAUUAAUAUAUGACGAUAGCUUUGCGUUGAACUCUUUGUCAGGGAAUGGGCAGUCCCAAUUGAACGGUGUUGGUAAUAGUGCUACUCCAGCUGGCAAUCGAAAUGUAAGUGAAUUUCAGUUACAGACUCAACCGACAUAUCAGAGACCAUAUGACUCGGGGUCUAUUAACAGCGCAAUUGUCGACGAAUAUGGAACGCAGAGUACGUUAGCUGGCGGAGGUGGUGGUGCAUGUGGGCGCUAUAGCCAUGAGGUGCCACAGUAUACUGAUUAUUUGACGGAUGUCACUACUGAUCAUUAUGAAAACCCAAACUUUGAUUUGUGUGGUUCUGUAAGCGGUUCAGGAUUUGGAGUAUCUUCAGCAACCCCUAGUGGAGUACAAAAAUUUACCAAAACUUCAACCACUUCCACAACAGCAAGUAGUAGUGGAGGUUCAGGCUCUUCCGCAACCUCGCAGCAGCAAAUGUUGCUUCUGCAGAGUGAUAGUUGCUAUUCGGAACCUUUACAACCUGCUCACACACCCAGUUACGAAUUCAAUAAUUUGGAAAGACCACAUUUGGGAAAAGCCGGCGCUGGACCAUCUUCAGAUUGUUGGUCCGAUCUCCACACAGGGCAACCACUAUCGCGUAUUAUCGAUAAUUAUAAAAGUAAACGUGAAAAGAAAAUGCAUACUACUUCAGAUCGUGAUGCUUAUGAUAAUCCUGAGCGGCGUAGUUCAAACUCCACACAUUCUUGUGCCUCUAGCCGCUAUGGUGGUUACAACUCUUUUGAUCGUGGCUUAUACAACGGUAUUCGCAAAAGUGGUACGCUGAACAAUAUUGUUGGUAAUGGGAAUGGAGGUGGUCAUAUGUCUGGGAUAGGUAUUAUGCAUGGUCGAAAUUCAUCCUCUUCAUCAGCGGCGUCUUCGAAUACAUCAGCUCAGCGUGCAUCAGGGGCACAAACGACAGCUCUGUCAUCUGAAAAACAUCUUCAGCAGCGCAAUGGUCGAGGAAAUAUAUCAGGUGUGGUACGUGAUCCUAAUCAAGAUGGCGAAAACGAACAGUUAUUUAGUCGUUCGUCUCUAGAUCGUAACAGCACUCACCCGCAACACCAAUAUCAAAAUCCUGAUGAUACAAUGUUACCAGGUAGUAAUGUAGAGCGCUCUAAUUUAAUCAAUAAUGUAGAUGGUUCUUGUAUUACAAAAAGUAACAGCACAAUAUCCUUUUGCGGUGGGCAUAGCCAAUUGAAUGAUACCAACGUAGGAAAUAGUAAAGCAAGUAGCCUAUCAUUCGUCCAAAGUAAUCAGAAAAAUAACACACAUUCCAACCAAUUCAUGUUGCAAAAAAGCUAUCACAACCAUCAGCAACAACUCCCUGUUGCAGCAAACACUACGAAGCAACAGAAGAGACAGGAAGUUUCACUAUCCACUGCAAAUUCUAAUUUGAGUUCAUCUGAGUCAGGUGCACAUAAUUCUGGGACUUCUAAUACAUCCGUCACAUCGUCGACUGCCUCCGAAAGCUCAAGUAGCCGCAGUAACGACUCGGCUAUGCUUGUUGCUGAACGCGGAUUCGUACGCUUUCGCGCUAUUGACGACAUAAACAAUGCACAAGGCGUAGGUAUACAUAAUGCAUCACUACGCAAUUAAGGCCGUCACUUUCUCUAUUACCAUCACGUACUUAGAGAGAAAUAUUUAUGAUAUUGCCCUAAACCCAAUGUUUUUAAAUUAAAAUUUAAGCAAUAAAUAGUUGAUAGCUGUGAGUAUUUUCUUUAUCUCUAUGUCUUUGAUACACAAUAGAGCAGACAUUUAUCGAAAUUCAGCAUUGUUUUAAUGUAGAUGUAGUGGUUGCGUAAUAACUAUUCUCGUAGCCUCAUAACCUCGUUAUUAUUUUUGAAGUUUUGUUAUAAUAUAUUUCACAGUGACAAAACGCUUUUGUGAUACCUACUUAUAAAAAUGAUAAUUGACUACGUGACUAUGGAAAUCUCAAGGUAGCUAAUUAAUAAUAAAUUUUAUUUGAUUAGUUUAUAAUUAUGUAUUACAUUUCUGAAUUUUAAUUACUACUAUUACUAUUAUGUAUAACAAUAUAAACAAACAAUAUUAUCUAUUUUAAAAUUGCCUAAUUUAGAAAACGAAGUAUUUUAAAUAAACCGUGUAUUCAAUAUUAUUUACAUUUAUUACGAUUUUCGAAAACCGAUUUACAUAAUUGCAAAAUGUAUAUUUAACGAAAAUACAAACAAAAUGGUUUACUGUAUAUACAUAUGUAUUUUGUUUACUAAACAAUAUAAAACAAAAAGUUACACAUUUCUCUGAGAAUCGAUUGCACGGUUUGUACUAAAAUAAGUAAUACAUUAUAUGUAAAUUAUGUUUGGCAUUAUAUUAGAUUGGCUGUCAUAUAUGUAUAUGUUUCCCUAAACAAAAUACACACGAAAAUGUAA